UUAGACCUCAAAUUUUGCCCAUUUCUCUGUUUUCUGAAAUCCCUCAUUUCUCAGAAGCUCCUCACAUCACCUCCGUUUUCUGGACCAUGGAAUUAGAGAGAGUGGGCGGGCUGGCGAUUCACAUCAUCCUGUCAAAACUCGAGCCUGAGAAUGUAGCCACGAUGGCCUGCAUUAGCCGGAGGUUUAGAAACUGGGUAUCCGAGGACGACUCCCUCUGGUCUAAAUUCUGCACCGACGAACUCGGACUGUCUUCACCUCAGGACCCACUGGGCAAUCCUACCUCUUCUUUCAGGGUCUCUUAUCAAACAUGGAGAGAAGAUUUCAAUAUGUACCCAUGGUCCUUGGUUAUAAGAGCCAAUAGAUGUUGGAGUAGGAUAAGAGGCUGGAUAGAAAUUAAUUUACCUGAGGUUUUGCCUACCUUACGUAAAGGUGCAUCUGAGGACCAAAUAAAGCACUUGGAGGAGUGUUUAAAAGUGAAAUUGCCUCUUCCCACAAGGGUCCUAUACCGGCUUUGUGAUGGUCAGGAAACAAGUAAAGUGGUCAAUGAAAGCACAAACGGACAUGUAGACCUGUUGGGCUUGAUUGGGGGAUACUCUUUCUAUGACCAUCUAGUGAAUGUUUCCUUGUUUCCUUUAUGUCAAGUCAUAACUGAAUCCAAGGAUAAUACACGUUAUUUGGGAAACGGCAAUAGACUGAACUUUAUUGCUGUAGCAUCUUCUACUAUGGGUGAUGAAAAAGUAUUUUACUUGAAAUGUUCAACUGGGCAACUCUAUGUGGGUGCAUGGAAUUCAUAUACUGAUGGAGAAAUGUUUCAUUGUGUACCACACUCUUUAUUGGGUUCUGUGCAUGAUAAAAAGUGCAGCCAACAACAGGAUGCGAUGUUACUAUGGCUAGAAGAAUAUGGUCAACGUUUAGAAAAUGGAAUUGUGAAGGUUCGAACAGAAGGAAACAUUAGAAGCAUCAGUCUUUAUCCAGAACAACCUCCACUUUGUUCCGAGACUGUGACAAAUGGUGUUAAGGUUCGUGCAUCUGCUGUGUUUGUCCCAGAGUCUUGCGACCUUCAUCAUGAUUCUGGGAAAUAUACUUUUGCAUAUUCUAUCCGCAUGUCUCUUUCACCUAAAGGAUGCAACAUAAAUGGAAUGAAGUUUAGUUCUUGCCAGUUGUACAGGAGACAUUGGAUCAUCCGUGCCAAUGAUGAUAUUACACAUGAUGUUAGUGGAGAAGCAGUUAUUGGAAAGUAUCCACUCCUACUACCCGGUGAGGAAGAAUUUGUAUAUGAGAGCUGCACAACUCUAUCAUCUUCAUCAGGUUCAAUAGAAGGUCACUUCACUUUUGUUCCUGGGAGCUUAGCAGAACCAGAAGGCACUCCAUUUGAAGUCGAAGUGGCUAGAUUUCCGCUUCAGUUGCCAGACUACAUAUUCUAAUUGCAAAUUCUGGGAACAAACCAUCUUUCACGGUCAGCAGGCUGUAGUAUGUGUGGGAAAGGAAUGCCAAGGACAUCAAUGUCAAUGCUCAAAAUUUAAGGAAAAGGCAAGCUGAAGAUUUGGAAGUUACUGGUGAUGCCAUAACUGCAAGAGAGAGGUUUCAUGAGUUGUUUGACUCCAUGGAAGAUAAUAGUGGGCAGUACAUUUGUGUAGUUUAGAGCUACGGUUUUGGUACCACGUUUCUGGUGUGUGUGCCGGUCAUGGUUGCAGUUAAUGGUUUGUGCAAACUCUAUGAAGCUUUGAACAAUUAUGUAUGGAAAUUUCAGUUCAUGGUUUGAGGUGAAUUUUGAGAUUCUGGUUUGAUUUCACAGUUUGAUAUUGUCAUUGUUUCAAAUGUCAUAGAAUAGUUUGAGUUCAUGGUUGAUUCAGUUCAGGGUAUGAGUUCAAAUUUCAGUUAAUGGUUGAUUGAGUUCAGGGUAUGAGUUAAAAUUU